ACAGCGCUCACUCGAGCCGAGGUUUGGAUAAACCGUCUCUACAUUGUAGGUUAUGGUGUCAGAGAGAGAGCAGCUUUCAGCCAUUUUAGCCGCUGUGAACUGCGCGCAUCCCUUUGGCGGACAGAAGAGGGCUGUUUAAGAAGUGCAAAGGGUUCUAGCAUGUGCUAGCCUACAUGUGACGACGGCAGCAGAAUGAGAGAGGUGCGGAGAAUGGGACACACGGAUUACCGCGCGGAAUCAUCUCAGGAGAUGACAGAUGGAAACAUCAGGAGGAUUGGAGCCUGCCAGCCUGCAUCCUAAAUACGCCAUGGACCAGGAGUUCAGCUUUAGCACCUUGAAGAAGCUGGCGGCUGAGCCGGACUAUACAGAUGUGACUCUGCCAGCGGUGGAACGCGUGCGAGCGCUCAGUAAGAUGGGCUACAACAUUGAAAUUAAUGAGGAUAUCACCCCCCGCCGCUACUUCCGCUCAGGCGUGGAAAUGGAGCGCAUGGCUGCCGUAUACCUGGAGGAGGGCAGCCUGGAGAAUGCCUUCGUCCUCUACAAUAAAUUCAUCACUUUGUUUGUGGAGAAACUCCCCAGUCAUCGGGAUUACCAGCAGUGCAGCAUCCCAGAGAAGCAAGUGAUAAUGAAGAAAUUGCAAGAAGUGGCUUUUCCUCGCAAAGAUCAACUGAAGAAACUGCUCCAUGAGAAAUACAGCAAGGAGUACAGUGAAUAUUUGAAGAGGCAGAGCCAGCCUGUGUCUGUCACCAUGUGCGGUGAGCAGUUGCAGAGACUGACUUUGUUGGAGGAGGAGAGGCAGCGUGUGGCGCAGUUACGGAAGAUGCAGCUGGAGUCAGAGCAGUUCCGCUACUUUGAAGAUCAGCUGCGCAGACAGGAGCAGGCCAACCGCAAAGAAGACGCCACCCCCAAAGUGCCUGAACAAACUGAUGGAUCCUGCCUGUCCCACACCCCCAAAAACCAUGUGCGCCUAGACCCCAAACCGCCAGCACCUGCACCCAAAUCAGCGGCCACCUUAGCGGCAGUUCAGAAUCAGCGGGUGGAAGGCCUGAGGCGGGUUCUGAUUCCUCGAGACCUGACAUACAGGUUUUUGCUGCUGGCUGACAGCAACACCGCCAGAGGCAUUGAGACAUGUGGUGUGCUUUGUGGAAAGCUGACUCACAACGAGUUUGUGCUCACACAUGUGAUUGUGCCCAAACAAUCAGCCGGCCCGGACUACUGUGACAUGGAGAACGUAGAAGAGCUCUUCAGUUAUCAGGACCACCAUAACCUACUGACCCUAGGCUGGAUCCAUACACACCCCACGCAGACAGCUUUCCUUUCCAGUGUGGAUCUGCACACACACAGCUCCUAUCAGCUUAUGUUGCCUGAGGCCAUCGCCAUUGUCUGCUCGCCUAAGCAUAACGAUACAGGGGUUUUCAGACUCACCAGCGCUGGAAUGGGGGAGGUGGCAGGCUGCAGACUGAAGGGCUUUCACCCUCAUUCAAAAGACCCCCCGCUCUUCACUGUCUGUAAGCAUGUGGUCGUGAGGGACUCCAAAACGACGGUGCUGGACCUCAGGUGACAGACGAGGGGGAUGCACACUUCAGAGGAAGCAGGGGCAUUCCCUGCUAUUUAUAUCUUUGUCUACUUGAAGGCUUUUUGUAUUUAUUUAUUUAACAAGGUACUGUGAAGUGGAAUCUCUGUGUUGCACAGGUUGCUGUUGGCAUCUUCUAGUGAAGCUGUGAACCUGUUAAGUGGUGUUUUCCCUCUUUCUCGGAUUUGUUAUUGACUUUUUAAUGGCUUGCUUUGGCACUUUUUUUUCUUCAGAAACCUUCUUGGACAGUUUUGUGAUCUGACUGCUUGUCAGUUUCAGCAUUUACAGUUUGUCCUCAAGGUGGCAUCCUUUAGCUGCAUAAUGCCAUAUUGAAAAUGUGAACUUUUUUUAGGGUUUUUUAAAAGGAUGCAAAGGUUAUUUUUGGACAGUUGCCUUAUGUAAUAUAUAUAUAUAUAUAUAUAUAUAUAUAUAUAUAUAUAUAUAUAUAUCGUUAUAAUAAUAAUAAUCACAACAAUAAGUCAUUAGGGUAUUAUUGUGUACCUAGGAAAGAGCUACCUUUUUACCCAAUAAGCAUUUACAACACAGUGUUAAAGAGCUGAUGAUUCUUUUGAUAAAAUAAACACUGCAGAAAUUUUAUGAAGUCACAAUUUUUAGUGACUAGAUUUAAGAAUAUAUGAGUUUAACAUAAUAAGCUUACAGCUAAAUGCAACAUCUCCAAGCCUGAAUUUCAGGUCAGUCAAGGUGAUAUUUAGUUGGAAAGAGUAUGUGGAUUUAUUGAGUCAUUGGAGCAGUUAAUAGUGCCACCCUAUUUUGGUCUUGAAACUCACGUGUUGUGCAAUGAAUGCUGUAAAUAACAGAAUGGUACAGCUGAGAAGUGUGAACAGAAGGUCAGAGAUGUUCCCCAAUUCUUGCCUCACUUGACCCAAACCAAAGCACCCAGAGAAAACAAGCAAAGAAGCCUAAGACGCCUUAUUAGAGGAGCUAAUGCCGUUGGCCCACAGGCCAGGCGACACCCAUCUCAGGUACCAUUUCCACAUUCAAACAUUGUUUCCAGUUCCCUCUUUUCACUCUAGAGUGGAAAUUCCUAUUUCUCAGUAGCGGUUCGACAGACGAUGAAAGCUUUCUGAGGGUGUCGAGUUUCCUCUUGCUGUCCAGUGAAUGUUGUCUGCAUAUCAUGGAUUUUGUGAGCUGUGGCUUUAGAAAGUUUUCGAGUGCAACUCUGUCUGUGUGCCAGUAGCUCCACUGAAACAUGUGAGCACGUGGGAACUAUAACGCUGAUGCAGUGACUGUAUGACAUUUUUUUCCACUGCCAUUUUGUUAAUAAAAGAAAAAACGAG